CUCUAGAUGCCCAGUUUAUUUUUGAGUUUUGCACGUAGAUUCCAGUUCCUAGAAUCAUAUUUAGUGAUAGAACACAUAAAAACUGUAGUAUAAUCACCAAAAAAAAUCGAAAAUAUGCCCAACUUUAAUGGGGCUAUUAUAGUGCACACGCUUCAGUUGCUGAAUUCGCCGGCUACACUGCGUGAAAUCGUGGUUACCAUAGCUAAAAAUACAGAAUUGUCGCAGGAUGAACUGAAAAUCCCUGUGAAACAAACCCUUGAGAUGGGACAGCGUUUGGGAUUCCUGCAGAAACUUGAUGGUCGCUAUUUUCUGGUUCCCAUGACCUUCGUCACACUGAUGACUGAGAUGAACGCCAUGGACAAGGAAGAGAUUUUAGAGAAGCCGAAGACAGCUAAAAACAAAAAGAAGUUGGUGCAGAAAAGCCCCAUAGUGUCGGAGGUAGAGAAAAAAACCAGUAAGAAGUCGGUCAAGUCAGCGGAACCUCUAGGAAACCUAAUCCCAACUGAAAAAGUUCAAAAGAUGGACACUACCAGUUCAUCAAACAUCAUAAAAAAAAUGCCAAGUAUGCUGAUUAAGUCAAAGCGUUUUAAGUAGCCAAGAUCACAGAACAGGAGAACUCGUCACACAUAAAUCGCAUAUUGUCAUUUGCGAUUAAUAGAAACGUGAAAAAAUUGUCUGUUCUGUUCUAUAAAUAUUUGGCCGUAAUACGCGAAAGUAUAAAAUUCUUUAUAUAAUCAA